AUGGAACAUCUACACAGCUUCUACGACGCCCUCCCCAGCGCCAGCCCAAGGGCCUGGGGUCCGGCCGAGCUUUCAAUCGUGCUCCCACUCGCGAUCCACUGGGCGGUGGCGCUCAUGUACGAGUCCUUCGACGCCUUUGGGUUGUUCCAGCAGUACCGGCUGCUGCAGCCCGACGAGUACCGGAAGAACAAGGUAACAAAGCUCGAGGUUGUGCGCGGCGUGCUGGUGAACCAGGCCAUCAUCGUCGUCGUCGGCUGGAUCGGCCUCGCCCUCGAACCGGGUCUCAACGAUCAGAAGCCUGGCGACCCGUUCGGCAUCACACAGGAGGCCGUCAGGGCCAUCACCGACAGCAAGGACGUCGCGCAAUCGCCGGUACUGACAUCUCUCGCGCAUUCCAUCCUCGCCGCGGCGCGCAUCGUUGCAGCCUUGUUCGUCUACGACACGUGGCAGUACUGGGUGCACCUCGCGUUGCACAUGAGAUGGGCAUACAGUCAGUUCGCCUCUCGUUUUUGUCGUCUGAUUAACCACCUCCUCAGGGGAAGGGAACACUUUGAUGCUGACUGGCGUACACCCGGUCAUUCAGAAAGGAUUCAUAUAUGGCACCAUCUGUUGAAUGCGCCGUGGUCGUACGCGGCGACCUACGUCCACCCGUUCGAAAGCUUCCUCCUCGACGCCCUCGGCCCCGCCUUUACGUGUGUGUUCGUCGGCCUCACCGCGUGGGAGCGCGUGGCAGUUUUCACGCUCAGCGUGCUCAAGACGCUCGAUGACCACUCGGGCUAUCGUUUCCCCUGGGACCCCAUCAUCUUCAUCGGGGGCUUGACGGGCAGCGACAUCGUCUACCACACGGUCCACCACCAGUCGUGGGGAGUCAAGUCGAACUACGCGCUCUGGUUCACCUUCUGGGACCGCAUGAUGGGAACCAUCUACAACGGGCCAAAGUCGUUGAACCUCACACCGCAGUUUGCGGAGUUCCGGGCUGUCAGGAAAAUUGCCAAGACGGAGCAUGUAGAAUGA